CCCCUGUCUUCUUUAAGAAAGCUCAGCGGACCUUUUUCCUUCUUGGGGUGGAAGAAAAUCCAAGCCUAGCACAGCCCUGGCAUGUGUCGGGCAGGGGCCCAGAAUCACUGGACGGAGCGGUGGAUGGGAUAGGAGGCGAGGCUGCCUGCGGACCACAGGCCUGGCCCGAGUGGCUCUGAUGAGAAACUGGGGCGCCUGGGGCACCGCCCCCACCGUCUGCCCUUCCCCCACACUCCUCCUGGCUGGGCAAAUCCCAGAGUCUCAGCCGCCUAAGUGUCUUCCCCGGAGGUGAGAUUAUCCCCGCCUGUGCCGGACACCGCCUUUCCUCCUGCAGCCAUGGAUGCCGCUCUGCUCCUGAACGUGGAAGGGGUCAAGAAAACCAUUCUGCACGGAGGCACGGGCGAGCUCCCAAACUUCAUCACCGGAUCCCGAGUGAUCUUUCAUUUCCGCACCAUGAAAUGUGAUGAGGAGCGCACGGUCAUCGACGACAGCCGUCAGGUGGACCAGCCCAUGCACAUCAUCAUCGGGAACAUGUUCAAGCUCGAGGUCUGGGAGAUCCUGCUCACCUCCAUGAGGGUGCACGAGGUGGCCGAGUUCUGGUGCGACACCAUCCACACGGGGGUCUACCCCAUCCUGUCCCGGAGCCUGCGGCAGAUGGCCCAGGGCAAGGACCCCACGGAGUGGCACGUGCACACAUGCGGGCUGGCCAACAUGUUCGCCUACCACACGCUGGGCUACGAGGACCUGGACGAGCUGCAGAAGGAGCCUCAGCCUCUGAUCUUUGUGAUCGAGCUGCUGCAGGUUGACGCCCCGAGUGAUUACCAGAGGGAGACCUGGAACCUGAGCAAUCAUGAGAAGAUGAAGGUGGUGCCCGUCCUCCACGGAGAGGGAAAUCGGCUCUUCAAGUUGGGCCGCUACGAGGAGGCCUCUUCCAAGUACCAGGAGGCCAUCAUCUGCCUAAGGAACCUGCAGACCAAGGAGAAGCCGUGGGAGGUGCAGUGGCUGAAGCUGGAGAAGAUGAUCAACACCCUGACCCUCAACUACUGCCAGUGCCUGCUGAAGAAGGAGGAGUAUUACGAGGUGCUGGAGCACACCAGUGACAUUCUCCGGCACCACCCAGGCAUCGUGAAGGCCUACUAUGUGCGUGCCCGGGCUCACGCGGAGGUGUGGAACGAGGCCGAGGCCAAGGCGGACCUCCAGAAAGUGCUGGAGCUGGAGCCAUCCAUGCAGAAGGCGGUGCGCAGGGAGCUGAGGCUGCUGGAGAACCGCAUGGCGGAGAAGCAGGAGGAGGAGAGGCUGCGCUGCCGGAACAUGCUGAGCCAGGGAGCCACGCAGCCUCCCGCAGAGCCACCGGCACAGCCCCCCACAGCACCACCUGCAGAGCUGUCCACAGGGCCACCUGCGGACCCACCGGCGGAGCCCCCCACAGCACCACCUGCAGAGCUGUCCACAGGGCCACCUGCGGAGCCCCCCACAGCACCACCUGCGGAGCUGUCCACAGGGCCACCUGCAGAGCCACCCGCAGAGCUCCCCCUGUCCCCAGGGCACUCACUGCAGCACUGACCCCCCUGAGACCCACAGUCAGCCUGACACCUAGGCAGGGAGCAAGUGGCCUGGUCACUUCUGGUUCUGCUGACCAGGAUCGUGGUGUCACUUUUUAAAAUUUAAAAUUAAUUUUUGAAAUCAAAGUCAGACACGCCCAUGGUAAAAAAAAAAAAAAAAAAAUCCAAAACGCACAGAAGAGCUCAUGAAUAAAGUGGUUUUCUCCCCUACCCCUUCCAUUCCUUCCAUGCCAUGGUUUUAAUUGACCCUGUUUUUAAUUCUUCUGGUGGUUUUCUCUAUUUCCAAGUAAUCUGUUUAAAUCAGUUUCUCCACCCGUCGAUUUUACUCCAUGUCAAUGACAAAUGAGGAUUUGAUGCUCUGAUCCUUUCUCAUCCCUGGUACCCCUCCCUGUCUCCCCAUUUGUGAUAGUUAGAUUUGGGGGGUCAUCUCUUGGUUAUUUUUGUAACUUUAUGCAGGACACUUAGAACUCUCUAGAAUCCCACUGAUUUUAGUGGGUCUUGAUGUAGGGUGGGCAAGCCCCGAAACUGGAGCUUAGCCUGAGAGGGCUCUUGGCUUCCCCCAGGAAAGAUUUCAAAGGCAAGCACCAGUGGUGGGGUAGAAGAAAACAGCUGUGGCCGGGCGCAGUGGCUCACGCCUAUAAUCCCAGCACUUUGGGAGGCCGAGGUGGGUGGAUCACCUGAGGUCAGGAGUUCCAGACCAGCCUGGCCAACAUGGUGAAAUUCCGU